CGACUCACUGCGCCCUAGGUUUCACGCCAGAGCGCCAAUCAUCAAGCGGAGACAAAUCAACGGCGGGGAUGAGAGAAUCGCGGCAAAAUGGAGAUUCGCCGUCGAAAGGUACUGCCGCACAAAACAGCGUACGAGAACUUGCCACGUGGGUGACGCUUACGCAAGGCUCGCGUCAUCCCACCUUCGCCGUAUCAACCUCCCGCGUAUCGGAAAGUCAGCGACUUCGGAAAAUCUCUGUUUCUGGCUCCGGCGAAGACCUUCGAACCGGAAGUGAAGCGUUGUCGACUGUCGAGUUCCAAUUCAGUUUGAGGGAUGAAGUUGGUGCCGAGAGAGGUCGAGAAGUUGGGGCUGCACAAUGCCGGAUUUCUCGCGCAGAAGCGCCUCGCCCGCGGCCUCCGACUCAACUACACUGAGGCUGUGGCUCUUAUAGCAACUCAGAUUCUGGAGUUUGUUCGAGAUGGAGACAAAAGUGUUACAGACUUGAUGGACAUAGGAAAACAACUUUUAGGCAGGCGUCAAGUUCUUCCAGCUGUACCAAACAUUUUGGAUACUGUUCAGGUCGAAGGAACCUUCUUGGAUGGCACAAAAUUAAUCACCAUCCAUGAUCCUAUUGCGGGUGAUGAUGGAAAUUUGGAACUUGCACUGCAUGGUUCUUUUCUUCCAGUUCCUUCACUCGAAAAAUUUUCCGGGGAUGAAGAUGAUUGCUUUCCUGGUGAAGUCAUUUUCGAAUCUGGAAAUAUUACUCUUAAUGUGGGACGUGGGGCAGUGGUACUGAAAGUUGUUAACAAGGCGGAUAGGCCUAUUCAGAUUGGGAGUCAUUAUCACUUUAUAGAGGCGAAUCCCUACUUGAUUUUUGAUAGACGAAGGUCCUACGGCAUGAGAUUAAACAUACCAGCUGGAACAGCUACUCGGUUUGAGCCAGGGGAUGCCAAAUUUGUAACCCUCGUAAGUAUUGGAGGUAGGAAUGUUAUUAGAGGUGGAAACAACCUUGGAGAUGGCCAUGUUUCUCAACAUGACAAGGUGAUGAAAAAUGUUAUCACCAAUAAUUUUGGUAACGAAGAGCAGCCAGAUGCCAGUGAAGGUGUUAUUGGAAAUAAUUCUAGUUUUAACUGCACAAUUUCGCGUGAGGCAUAUGUGAACAUGUAUGGCCCUACUACUGGCGAUAAAGUACGGCUUGGUGACACAGAUUUAUAUGCAGAAAUUGAAAAGGACUUUGCAGUUCAUGGCGAUGAAUGUGUAUUUGGAGGUGGAAAAGUUCUACGUGAUGGAAUGGGACAGGCUACAGGCUAUCCAUGCUUAGCCUGCUUAGAUACAGUUAUUACCAAUGCUGUUAUCAUUGACUAUACUGGAAUUUAUAAGGCAGAUAUUGGUAUUAAAGGAGGUUUUGUUGUUGCAAUAGGGAAAGCGGGGAACCCUGAUAGUAUGAAUGGUGUACAUGAAAAUAUGUUUGUGGGGGCCAAUACAGAAGUUAUUGCUGGGGAGGGCAUGAUUGUAACUGCUGGUGGCAUAGAUUGUCAUGUCCACUUUAUAUGCCCUCAGUUGGCAGAAGAGGCGAUCUCAAGUGGUAUCACAACAUUGGUUGGGGGUGGCACAGGCCCAGCAGAUGGAACUCGUGCCACAACUUGUACUCCUGCACCAAUUCAAAUGCAGUUAAUGCUACAAUCAACUGAUGAUUUGCCGAUCAAUAUGGGCUUCACAGGAAAGGGUAACAGUGCAAAACCGGAGGGAUUAGUUGAGAUCAUUAAGGCAGGGGCAAUGGGUUUGAAGCUACAUGAAGACUGGGGAAGUACCCCUGCUGCAAUAGACAAUUGUUUAUCCGUUGCAGACAUUUUUGAUAUCCAAGUCAAUAUUCACACCGACACCUUAAAUGAAUCAGGAUGUGUGGAACAUACGAUUGCAGCAUUUAAAGAUAGGACAAUACACACUUAUCAUAGCGAAGGUGCAGGUGGUGGUCAUGCUCCAGAUAUCAUCAAAGUAUGCGGCGUGAAAAAUGUCUUGCCGUCAUCAACAAAUCCUACCCGACCUUUUACUUCAAAUACUGUGGAUGAGCACCUCGACAUGCUGUUGGUUUGUCAUCAUCUUGAUAAGGACAUUCCGGAAGAUGUUGCAUUUGCUGAGUCUAGAAUCCGUGCAGAAACAAUAGCUGCUGAAGACAUCUUGCAUGAUAUGGGGGCAAUCAGUAUCAUAUCAUCUGAUUCACAAGCAAUGGGGCGCAUUGGAGAGGUGAUUACCCGGACGUGGCAAACUGCUCAUAAGAUGAAGACGCAGAGAGGUAGAUCAAUUGAACCCGGUGAGGCUGACAAUGACAAUUUUCGAAUCAAGAGAUAUAUAGCAAAAUAUACCAUUAAUCCAGCCAUAGCUAAUGGUUUUGCAAACUACAUUGGUUCUAUUGAGGUUGGAAAAUUUGCUGAUCUUGUCAUAUGGAAACCUCCUUUUUUUGGUGCAAAACCAGAAAUGGUGAUCAAAGGUGGUGUGAUUACAUGGGCCAAUAUGGGUGAUCCAAAUGCCAGCAUUCCAACGCCAGAACCAGUGAUUAUGAGGCCAAUGUUUGGUGCAUUUGGAAAGGCUGCGAGCUCCCACUCCAUUGCUUUCGUUAGCAAGGCUGCAAAAGAGGCAGGUAUUGCGAAUGACUACGGGCUCAAAAAGAGGGUGGAAGCUGUGGGUAAUGUUCGCAGACUCACAAAGCUUGACAUGAAGCUCAAUGACUCACUUCCCGAGAUAGAUGUCGAUCCCGAGUCCUAUACUGUUACGGCCGACGGUGAGGUUCUGAAAUGUGAGCCAGCGUCUUCCCUUCCGUUAUCUCGAAAUUACUUCCUCUUCUAGGAUGCGGAGGCCAUGCUGAAGCUACCCGCCCUCAUCCGUCAACAGAACUUCAGUUCAUAGCAAAUCGGUGAGUCUGCCAUAAAUGGAAAGUAAUCGAUUGCGUUUGGGAGCAACACUCAAUUAUUAUCACGCAGAGAUGUGCUUCCUCUGUGUUUUGCUCAUAAAGAAUGGAGAGUUACUCAGAAACAGUUGCGAUUCUCUUAAGCUAUUCUGGGUAAUCAAUGUGGAAAGAGUAUCAGUUUGAUGCUCAUAAUGUUUCUGCUAAAAGAGCAGGGUGAUGUUGAAUUUGGAAACUGAAAGAGUGCGCAAAUAAGAGGUUUUGCACAUUGAACAGUUCCUUGAAAACUAAUGAUAAUAAUCAGGUAAUGUUUAUUGUUUUAUUACAUGUAAAUGGGAGCGAACAAACAAUCGGAGCAGGAAACGACUGUGUCACAUAAAUUACUUCCUUCCAUUCAACUUUAUUUGCAGAGACAAACUGCAAAAUAUGUCCGGAGUUAUACGGACAUGGCAUUGUUUGGAUCCAUGGAUAUGACAUUUUUAAGAGCCACUCACAGCAAAUGUGAAUGGUUCGACUAUAAAUGUUGCCAAAUUACAAAA